AUGACUUCAGUAAACAGCUCAGCGCAGCUCUGGUUCUGGGGCCUGGUGGCAAAGAGCCGGGCGCUGUCCAGGCUGAGAGGAACGGCCGCAGCCUUCGACCCACCGACAGAGGCCGCGGGCGCUGUCCCCGCCGCUGGCACCGGUGCCAACCAGGAAUCCCCGGAGAUAACCGCUCUGCCCUCGCACAUCUGCUCGGCCUCUAGGAACUCCCUGGGGGCCCGGCCCCCGCUCCCCUCUUUCCAAGGAAGAAACGGCCAAGCAGCGCGCCUUCCUGUGCGGCGUGGUGCGCGCCCUGCGUCAGGUGUCUGCCCCUUUGAGGCUCCCCGCAGCCAUGCCAGGCAUCUGGCUCCCGAGGCUGCUGGCACCGCCUGCCCCGCUGCCCUGUCGCCAUGCUCCUCUGCUCAGGUAGCCCUGCCCGGGGGAAGCCGCCGGCGGCCAGGGCUUCCUGGGAGGCGCCGGGCGUGCAACCGCUUCACAGCACCCCCUCUCUCCGCAGGACCCGCGCGGCCCGGCCUGCUGCUGCUCUGCUGCCUGGCCACCUGCCUGUCGGCCCCUGCGGUGACCGUCCUUUGGCUGUCGCAAGAGGAUUUAAAUCAAAUACUCCAGGACCUGCAGAGGUGCUCGGUGACACUUCUGAGUGACUACAAAGCAAAAGACUUGAAGCUGCCAUGGGAGAAGGGUACACAGGGAAAGUACCAGCUGCCCUGUCUCACCCCUGGCCCCGAGAUGUCAAACAACGCCUCGAUUAUCCUGGCACAUUUUAAACAGAUUGAAAAGUGUAAGGAUGUAGCAUUAAACACAACAGAUGUAAACUAUACCAUAGCACAGCUCGAGAAACUCAAAUACCGAGAUAGCCCAGAACCACAGGUACCCGCCUGUACCGGUGACUUUGAACAUAAGCGCUACGUCCUGGAGGUUUUACAACAGUUUUCAGACUGCAUGGAGAACAUUCUGGGAUCCUCCAGAAAGAGACGGCAUUUUGAGUCAGAACCGUGCGCCCCAAGAGAAUCCUAGGGAACGUUUGGCUGGGCCAGGCCUCGG